ACGUAAACGAUCAAUUUUUUCGAAACAGACUAAUAAGAAAAUAGUACGGAUCUUUUUGAAACAGAGGAAGUAGAACGGAUGAAUGAUUUUUAAUUUUUUUUAAAAGAGCAAACACCUCCAUCCAAUAUAUGUAGUUCCCAAUCUCUUCAGAGUUCACAACAGCAAACUAGCUGCCCUGAGUUUCUCCACUUAAAACAAUAACUUAGGUCUUUUUUUCUUCUUUUCCAAAAUGAAGACUCUAAUAUAUCUAGUCAUAUUGCUAUUAACCUUAACACUGGAAACAAGCAGCAGCAGAAAUAACCUAGUAGAAACCACAUGCAAGAACACACCAAACUACAACCUCUGCCUAAAAACUCUACUCUCCGACAAACGCAGCGCCGGCGGCGACAUCACGACGCUGGCGCUGAUCGUCGUGGACGCCAUCAAAGUGAAGGCGAAUCAGGCGGCGGAAUUUAUCUCAAAGCUACGUCAAUCCAAUCCUCCAACAGCUUGGAGAGUUCCAUUAAAGAAGUGUGCUUUUUCAUAUAAGGUAAUUUUAACAGUAAGUUUACCUGAAGCUGUUGAAGCUUUGACUAAAGGGAACCCAAAAUUUGCUGAAGAUGGUAUGGUUGUAUGUUUUGGUGAUUCUCAGGAUUGUGAGGAGAAUUUCAAGAGUAGUUUUUCUCCUCUUACUGGUUUGAACACUGCAGUGCUUGAGCUUUCUGUUGUUGGUAGAGCAAUUAUUAGAAAUUUAUUAUGAUGUACCCCUGUAAUAUAGGUUACGGGUUCGAGCCGUUGAAGCAGCCGCAUGCACUCCCUUUUACAAAUACAGAUACUCUCCUUUUUUGUUUUUUUCCUUUCACUUCCUUUGUUGUUAAUGAUGCAGUUUAGAUGAUUUUCUCUUAUGGUAAGUUGUCUUUUCUUUC